GGUGUGUGGGUUGCCUGGUGCAUUCGUGCGUUAAUUGCCAUGGUAUGCGUUGCGAAGAGGCGGGUCUGACCUUAGCGCCACUGAGACCCAACAAAGGCUCUUCGCCAACGCACACCAUCUGUCCUUCUCAUUUUAUAUUUAAAACCCGGUUCGCCUCUCGUUUGCAGCAAGCAAAGCUAAGCUUUUGGCAAACAUUAAGCAGAGCGGUCAUGAAGCCGUCACGAAAUUUUUUACCGCAAGAUAUCCCUGUUAUGCUUCAUCGCAGUCCGUCCGGUGCUAAGCGAAAGAUUCGUCAACGAAGAGAAGAACAAGGAUCUCGCCCGUCGCCUUUCCUCGCAGCCUCUUCACCCAGUCCCUCUACGCCAACUUCGGCUCCUGAUGAAAGUAACUACCGGUCGCUAAUCGAAUCCGGUGCUUACCAAUCCAUAUUGCCGGAGUUCGACUCUUCAUUUGUUCCAGUACCACAGCCGAGGCUAAAUUCAACAUUCUCGACGUCGAUGAGUUCGUUAGAUAUCACCAACACUUCUAUAUCAAGCAGUUCAACUCCACCGCCUCCUCCGCAUUCCAAACCUACCGUUGAGGUACAUCCAAUGCCCAGUGAAGAACGGGUUGUCCAUGAUAUAGAAAUUAAAAAGGAGAAACCAGCAGUGCCAGCAAAGCCGAAGAAUCUGAAAAUUGAUCACUUAAAUAGAUCAACAAGCAUGGGUUCGUUGGCCUCCCCAGUAUCUCACACCACUUCAACUUUCUUGAAUAAUUUGAUUGGUUCCCCAUCACUAAUCAGUCUACAGCAAGGGUACAACUCCUCUGAUAUAGCAGAGCUAGAAUCUCGAGAAUUGAGGAAAAUGGAUGAGAAGAGAAUAGAGUCGAUUGGUUCUGUGAAUCGGCGACUAUGUGGCUAUGAGGAUGAGAGGAGUGCCAUAGGAGAUGAUAUGGCUACGAACGAACGAAAUGGAGAGUAUCUUCUCAGUAUUAUUGAGAAACACGAUCCAUCUUUAGCCAACAAGGUCCGGCGACAUCUUGAGCAUUUCAAAGAACUCGUACGUUUCGAAAUGAAGUUGCGUUGCCUUAUGACUAAAGUGGUUGAACAUAUCCGCAAUGGAGGAGAUCAGACGGAGGCGCUAUUAGAGGAGGCACGACUCCGGCGACGGCUCGCUGACGUGAACUUCCUUCGACUAACCUACACUCGUCGAGAACGGGAUUUAGAGUGUGCCAUGUCUCGAAUUUUCGAGGAGGAAGAGAGCAGACAAUGGCAUUUCUACAAAGACACCAUGGUUCAGUUGAUUCAAAGCGAGGAGCAGGUGCGAGAUAGUAUCGUGGACUCGAAGCGACAUCUCAGAUCACUGCAUUAUUCGCGGCCGAAUGUGUGAAAUAUCCCUCACCAGAAUGUGACUGUAUAGUUUGAGAGAUUUGUACAUUUCGACCAUAUGGGUGUUAGAUAGAAAUGACCAAUGUCAAAUAACGUUCCCUUUCACUUCACUUCUUACCAUUG